AUGUCAUCUAUUAUUGAGCUUUCAGAUAUUGAAGAAUAUAAUGCAGAAGAUUUUGCAGAUGUUGCAAAAAUAGUUAAUAAAGAUAAGGAUAGAGAUGAUAUUAAUGAAGAUAAAAGUGAAGAUGAUGAAAAUAAUGGAACAGUUGCUUUCUUUACUUCCAAACUACAAGUUCCAAAAAUAAUCUAUACAACUGUUCCUGUAGAAUACCCAGAAACCUCACUGGAGGGAGUUGCAACAAUAUACAAUGUUACUGGUUGGAAGAAUCACAUGGAUGCCUUUUCAGAUAUUCAAUAUUCAACAAAUGGUUCAGGUGGUUCUUCAAAUAUUAAGGAGUGUCCCUUUUUUGGUGGAAUAUCAAUUAAAAAAGACAAAAGAAUGUGCCAGGGCAUUAAAUUCUGUCAGUUUACUGAUCAAGAAUUUGUCAACCAAGAGCAUUGUAGCGUUGAUUUUGAUUCAGAAACUUUUAAAAAGUAUACACAACAGCAAGACAUUAAUUCCAAAGAAGCUAAAACAUACACUUUAUUUUUGGCAGUAAAAGAAUCUUCUUGCCCUUUUAAAAAAGAGAAUAUACCUUGUGAUGGACGAGCUCAAGAAAUAGAUAUUUCACUUCUCCAAAAUCUAUUUUCUGGUACUGCAUCUGUAAAUAUUCCUCAUUUAAACAAUGGAACUGCUGUCCGCGGUGAUAUAAUUGAAAAAUCUUGCUUAGUACAAUUUAUCAAAAUUAUUCCUCACAAUAUUGCUAAAUGUCCAUUUGUUGCUCUUAUUUGUAUUGGUGCAAUUUAUCAGGAUGAUACUACCACUUCAAGAUCUAUUAUAUCAGGAAAUUUAAUCAAAGCAUAUUUUAACAAAGAUAUCCUAGCAGAAGUACAUGUAUCAUUGAAUAAUAUAGAUAAAUUACGUUAUUUGAUAGGAAAAGCCUAUAAAAAUUUGCAUCCAUUUGGUCAAGGAGUAAUGGGUAUAUAUCAUAAUGUAUUAACAGCAAAUUCUAAUUUAUCUAAUUAUAUCUUUUUACAAAUAAGGUUGAUUGCACUUGAAUGGUUUCAAAUUGAUGUUAGUUUCAAACGAGUAAAAGGAGAGAUUAAUAAAUUUGAAAUAAAUACAUAUGAUUCUAAUCAUCAUUUAAUAUUGUCAUUUUGUAGAGUUUUCACAAAUGUUUUUACAGCUGAAGGAUAUCAUAGGUUAUUUUCAUCUUUGUUUCAAGUAAUUUAUGAAAUAAGUGGACAACACAUUAAGUUUCAACAUAUUCACAAAGAAGGUAUUGGAUGUAUUUUGGCAGAUUUAGAUAAUGCACAAGCCAAAGCAUUUGAAAAGAAUACAAAAAAUCUAAUAAGACAAAUUCCUAAUACAUCUAGUAAAGAUGAAUUAAAAUAUUAUAAACAACCAUAUGUAUUGUCCUCUUUAAAUCAAUUUAUUUCAAAUAUUGAUUAUGAGAUUUGGCGUAAAAGUGGAGGAAAUACAAAUAAUGCAGAAGCAGCUCAUUUCAUGGUAAAUAGAGAGGGAAAGCAAUUAAAAUUACUAUCAGCCAUUUUAAGGGGAAAAAGAUAUGAUGAAAGGUGUUAUAAAACGAUUGAAAUUCACAAUAAAGCAGGUGUUUCUUAUACACAUAUAGAUAAAAGUGAAAUCAAACGAACAUGUGGAUCAAUAACACGUAAAGGAUUUCAUAAUCAAAAAAAUAAAGAAUCUGUUAUUGAUUUAACCAAUGACAAGUUAUCCAAUAAAUCCUCAUUAAAAAGAAAACUUUCUCCCUCUACUAAUAGGAAAUCUUCAAAAAAAAAGCGUACUAUUAAAGCACGAACUGCUGAAAUCGAAGUUAGAAUACUAGAAGCUGAAGUUGAGGCAUUGGAAUUAGCUAAUCUUCAACAAAAACAGAAAGACGGUUUCCUCAAGGACUUAUUUGAAAAAAACCCCUCAGUACCUAAUGAUAAAGGCCAGUUACUGAUACAGAAGUUUGGCAAGUCAGCCAACCCUGCGAACUUCACUUCACAAGCUCAAACUAUGAAUAUACAACCCACUACCCUUUCGCUAAUAUUUUCUAUAGCGCUAUAUGCUGCGUCCAGAUCUUGGGAUAAUUUUUCUACCCAAUUCUUUUGCAAUUUUGGCGAUAUGGGUGAUGAUGAUGAUGACGAUGAUGCAGAAUCUCAGAAUAUUGAUGAUUAUCUGAUGGAUGAGUCACCUUUACUAACGCUUGAUGGAGAUGAUCUUAUACGCCAAAGAUUACAAAAACCACCAAAUUUAGUACCAAUCAAGCUUCCAUCAAUGCCUGAUUUAUGUUCCGUUAAAUGUCAACACAAGUAUCAGACUCUUCGAGUCAAGAUAGCACUAUCCUCAUUUGCCCUUCCCCAAUUUAACAAAUAUUGGACGACAGACCUGGGAGGUAUACCCGUUAGAUGGUUCCCUGCGAGUUGGACUUUACGAAAAAGAAAACAACGUGAAAAGUUCCAAGCUGUCAUUCAUGACAUUCCAGAAGAUAUGACGAUGGCUACCUUGUGGAUGGAUCGUAAACCAUGUGAAUUUUUAAUAAAGUGCGAUGCUAGCUCGUUUAAAAUAAUUCAAACAAGCAAAGGAAGGAGGAAACUUGUGGCCUAUUUUGAGAAUUGGGAGACUACACUAAGGGCCUUAGAUACGCCACAGUUUUUCGUACCUGAUGGUAAGGAGUUGAAAUGGUGUCGACACUCCAUUCCUACCUUGAAGAAAGCACAAAGUAAACCGAAGGCUAAAAAUACACUGAAUACGAAAAAGUCAGGAGAAGAAACACCUAAAUAUUCAGAAGAAGGCAAAGAAUUUCUCGAAGAAAAAGGUGUGUCUGCCUGGACUUUUAUCGGACGUGGUAGUGGUUCAGGUCUUUUUUUUCAGGAAGUUAGGUGUUAUGCAAUUCCCGAAGGAACACCCACCUCUAAAGCUCCAAAUGCCAGCCAUCUAGUGAUCGUACAAAGUCGAGCUAUAUAUCAUUGGAUUCCUCUCGACGAGACGCGUCGAACGGUGCUAUCUAUCGGUGCUAGAGACAUGAUCUUAGCACCAUUCGACGCGUCUCAGUGGGACGAAUCCAAUGAAUAUAAAUUCGUUCGUGUACGACCACUGGAUGGCGAAUAA